AUGACUUUCUAUAAUGAUCAAAAAAAAGCCAUCGAGAGAGCUCUUAAAGAACUUGAGAAUUCUCCAACCACCUCUAAUAGAAAAAUUGCAAAAAGAUUUGGUAUUUCUGAGGCAAUCCUAAGAUAUGUUAUAAAAAAUAAAGGUCCUUUAAAUUGUCCAGGUCCUGCCAAAGUUUUAACCAACUAUGAAGAACAACAACUAGUCAGUUAUUGUUUAAACAUGCAAAAACUUGGUUUUGGAUUAACAAGGUCAGGUGUAAAUCAUUGUUUUAUGAAAAUUGUUAACAAAAGUAAAAGACCACAUCCCUUUAAUAAGACUCAAAGAGCUAACCCUAUUAUAGUGCAAGAUCAUUUUAAUAAGCUUCAAAAAAUUAUCAAAGAAAAUUCACUUACUCCCGAUAGAAUCUGGAACAUGGUCGAAACAGGCUUCAUUCUUAAUCCCGAACUUUGUAAAGUUAUUGCGAAAAAGGGUGCAUGGCAGGUUUAUCAAGUUUCUCAUAGUAACUCUAAUGAACAUAUUUCUGUAUGUCCAACCAUCUCCACUGCCAGAUCGUACAUUCUGUCACUUAUUAUUUACAAAGGAAAACGUAUGAUCCCAGAUCUUUUAGAAGAAACUGGAUAUAUGUGGGAGUCCCUUUUUCAAAAGUAUAUUGAGCAUUUUAUUCGCUUAAUCCCGCCUGCUCGUUCUGUUCUUUUGAUUCUUGAUGAACAUAAAAGUCAUCUUAAAACUAUAUACCAUAAAGAUUGUGAGCAACUUCAUAUCAAUAAUAAUGAAGAAAUCAUAACUAAGCACUUAUUUGCCAAGGUUUUAGGUCUAGCAUACCUUAAAACCUAUACACCCUUGGCAAUUUGCAAUGCUUUUAAAGCAACUAGGAUAUGGCCUUUUAACCUCAGUGCAAUUAGCUCUGACUGCCUUGAUCCUUUAUUAGUUACUAAGCAGCCUGAUUUUCUUUCAACACAAUCGACUUCAUCACCUUCAACUAACAUCCUUUUGACUCAAUCGAUUCCAUUACUUUCGACAACUGCAGCAUCAUCUUCACAGCCCCCUCCAAAAUCAAGCUCAAAUAAUAUAUAUUCCUUUACUACAUUAAGAUCUGAAGUCAAAGAUCUCAGCGAAAGAGUCAAAGAAUUAGAAGCUGAGUUGAAAGCAACAAAAAAGGAACUGAAAACUCUCAAACAUCCUGAUACAUCAUCUUUAAAGAAACACAAGACUAUGCCUUUUGCACAGCUUCUAACUAAUGAAGCCUCAUUAAAAGCAUUAAGUGAUGCAGAGGAAGAGGCUGAAAAAAAGGCUAAUGAGAUAAAACUCAAAAAAGAAUCUGUGGCUUAG